GUAUACUCACUCUAGUAUCUUUCUUCUAGAAGACGAUGGACCCUUGAGAAAUUCAGGUUGAGUGAUAGCAAAAAAGUUCCUCUGAUUGUAUUUGGUGACGGCAUGUUCAACAAAUCCGCCGUUCAUUUAAAGGGCCUUAGAACUGGUGUCGUUGGUGUUCUUUGGCGUGCAUUGGAGCGAAGAGAGGCCGCCGGCGAUUUACUAGUGAUAACCAUUGAUGAAUAUCUUAGCUGUCGAACAUGCAAUAAUUGCCGCUCCAACACCGUUGAAGCGCUGAAGACUGUUCCAGGCCAAAGUAUCCUUGUCUGCAAAACCUGUUCAAUACUUAGGAACCGGGACGUCAACGCUGCAAAAAACAUGUUGGCAAUUAGCGUGUCGAAAUGAAAGUCAACGGGAAGACCUAUUGAGUUUUGUAGAAAACCAAGGAAGUCACCCGCAUCAACCGCUU